UCUUCCGAGGCGACAGUUACAAUUGCAUUAAAUCCCCCCCACCCCUUCACUCCCUCCACCGCUACCCCCUUCAAAAUGAGUACGAAAUCGGUUUUAGGACAGCAAGUGAGGCCGAGGGUCUUGUCAAAUUUGCAUCUCCCUGGGAGAUUAACAAACGGAAAAAUAGACGACGCCUGACCAAAAAGCCAUUCAGGUCGCCCAUUCAUGCGUCUGGCGUGACCCGUGCGUUACUGCCUUUUCUAAACGGAAAGCAAAUUAGCAGUCUCCGGGGCAGUGGGAUUAACAAGUGCUCUUUUUUAAGUGCUGUGGAGAAUGUCAUGUGAUUGUAACGUAACCCGACCGGAAAACACCGACCAUCGCCGCCAAUGCUGCGUUUAGAGGAACAGAGCAGCUGCGAGCUCAACGGACGACUCUCCGGUAGCAAACAGCGACAAGCGGCGCACCUCCGGCUGCAACGGACGAAGCACAACGUAAGUGAGCCGAUCCGCGUGGCACGACAUAGUGCCCAGUCAACUCCGCCGGGGCUUUAAGCCAGAGUGGCUGAAUUUCGGUUACUUUUUAAGUUAAAAUGUUGCUCGGUGACCACCCCCUUCCGCCUGCAUGCGUGUGUCCAUUUCGUUUAGGCUUCUUUUCACAUUGCUGCCAGACCACUGCAGCGCAAGUGCGCUCGGCUUAGUAACUGUCGCGGAGAAAUGUCUUCUUUGACUCAAGUUGAAGUAAAAAUUAUGAACGUUAAGGUGCUUGUUUGUGCCUCUUCUUUCGCUUGUGGCGCCCGAUGAGAGUCGGGAGCAAAGGGCGAUGGGGGGCAACUGUGUGCAUGGCUUUUUUUUAGGAAGGGAGGGGGUGUUUUUUGUUUGCGAAGAAAGCGCACUGCGGAAGUGGUUUCGCUCUGUGGGAGAUCUGUCCGGUGUACGUGUCGCCGCGCGGGGCGGAGCCUAUGACGUACUCUUCAGUCCGAGGGCGUCGCAGUUUAGCGGCAGAAUAUCUGCGCAGCUCUUAUGUCCAAUUGGUUAACAGGCGGAGCUUCUCCAAUCACUUUGUGCAGCCAUUUAAAUGCUGCGUUGCAAAGAACGUCACCCCGCCUCCUCCCCUCCCCCUUCUCUUUGAGUCUUCAGUGUAAUCCGAUGAGAGCAUGUGCUUCUAGUCAUUUUGUUAUCGUCAAUCAUUAAAGACUAGAAGAGUAUUUUACAGAUGUAGCCAUUCAGGAGAAAGCUGGGGAUGCCACUUCUCGAAAUGAUUUGAGCGGCGCAGCCAAUCAGCGCAAGAGGAUGUAUAGUAAAAGUUAGAAGCUUGGCCACUCUGAUAAAAUCAAAAUAUUUUGUGCGUGGAGCGCCUUCGAGCAUCACUCGCAGGCCGCACGCAUUGAAGCGCGACUUAUUUUUUUUGCAUGUGUCGUUUGGCAGGAACGUUUGUAUUUUUUUCAUUUUUAAAUAUUUUUUAACAAAACAAUAUUAUGAUAUUCUAUGCCACUGUAGACAGUGUCUGUGUUUAUUUUUGAUGUGUAUGGUUUUAAUAAUUGAAUGAAAUCCUAAUAUGUCACCUGCAAAGAGGAUUGUUAUAUAUGGUUCAAAAGCCAUGUGUUUGACAUUUUCCUUUCUAUACUAGCAUCCCAGUGUAAGCAAGCUAAAACAAGCUAGGUUGAAACUUAAAAAAAAAUAAAUAUAUAUAUAUAUAUGAUUAAGCCUCUGCUCAUGUGUGGGUUGAAAGGCCUGGCUGGCCCUGGCCACAUGCUGUUUGCUGCUUCUCGGCCAAGCGCUUCUGUCUUUUGUUUGUGGUUUCCACACCUCCGGGGGCCUCAGAGGAUGAGGCCUGGGAGUGCUGAUGCUUCUCAGCAUGCAUGGUGAAACCCAACACCAGAUUUGUAGAUAAACCAUUGUUUUCCCCAUCCGCCUGCAUCUUUCAAAACCUGAAGUGGUCAGAGUUUUCAGGGGGCCAGUUUUGGCUUGAAGGAAAAAAAAAAAAAAAAAGAUUUUUAAUGUAAUGUUAACUGAAGUGCUGACUAGAGCAUAAGCUGACUAAUCCUAUUAAUAAAAAAAAGCUGUUUUGUAACGAAAUUUGGUGGUGCCAGGAGAUGGUGGCACUGCAUAGUACUUCUGUACCUCUGGAUCUCUCUUUUGGGCUAAAGCAUGGAGCUGGCCAAUCAUGGUCUCGUCCUCCUCCAGCAACUGAAUGCUCAGAGGGAGUUUGGCUUCCUGUGUGACUGUACUGUAGCAAUUGGCGAUGUCUUCUUCAAAGCACACAAAGCGGUUCUUGCAGCUUUCUCAAACUACUUCAGAAUGCUUUUCAUUCAUCAAGACAGGUAUGACUGCGUCCGUCUAAAGCCUGCAGACAUUCAGCCGGACAUCUUCAGCUAUCUCCUGAACCUGAUGUACACUGGCAAACUGGCACCACAGCUUAUUGAUCCUGUCCGUCUGGAGCAAGGAGUCAAGUUUUUGCAUGCCUAUCCCCUGCUACAGGAGGCUGGCCAUGGCACAUUUCCCCAGCCUGAUCAAAUUUUCCCACUGGCAACCUCCUUGUAUGGCAUUCAGAUUUCAGACCAACAGGCAUCCCUUGCCAGCAGAGCAGGUGCACCUCGCAGUCUGUCUUCUCCCUUUGAAACAGAACAACUUUCAAUAAACAACCAGUUGUCCAGUUUGUCUGCUAGUAAUGUUUCAGAAUCCAAGCAGACACAGUCCCUCUCAGAGCCUGAGACUUCCAGUGCCAAAGUCCCUUCUGCAGAUGAGCAGAACUUGGAGGCUCCAUCCGCUACAGAAGACCAUCCAUCGGCAAACACCAUUCUCCAUGUGAAGCCCAGUAUCAUGAAAAGGAACUCUUCCUUUCGCAAGCAUUACUCUUGCCAUCUGUGUGGCAGCCGUUUUAACCAGCGGAGUGUUUUGAGGGAGCACCUUCUGCUCCACACCCAGCUCCUUCUACCAGCUGCUACUGGGUUAGUGGAGACUAGCAUGUCUCCAAUGCUGAGCAGCAGUGUUACAGAGCCGACUCGGGAGGCUGAGGACCCACCCAGGGGAGCUGGGGAAAUAAUCAGUGAAGAGGAAGCACAGCCAGCAACAGAUUCUCCAAGAAUGGAACGGCUACAGUCUCAAGCAGAAACCCCCCCUCCGUCUGAUAUUGCAGAUAUCGACAACCUGGAGAGCAUGGACUUGGAAAGGGAGGUCAAGAGACGCAAGUACGAGUGUUCCACUUGUGGGCGCAAGUUCAUUCAAAAGAGUCACUGGCGAGAGCACAUGUACAUCCACACUGGCAAGCCUUACAAGUGCAGUGCAUGUGGGAAAAGCUUCUGCCGUGCAAAUCAAGCAGCUAGACAUGUGUGCCUUAACCAAAGCUCUGACACCUACACGGUUGUGGACAAGCAGAGUAUUGAGCUCUGUUCAAAUGAAGAGAGCAGCCAAUUGGAUGGAAUGUUCUUGUCAUCGGGUAGACCUUACAAGUGUAAUGUGUGUGAAAUGACCUUUUCCAGCCCUAAUGAGGUCAUCAAGCAUUUGUGCUUUGCCCAAAACAGUCAGGUUUUCCCUGGACUGGAGGGUCAAGCAGCAACACCGAGUGAUGAAGCUCCAAAAGAAGAAGGAUCAGAGCCCACAAGCACUGGACAUUUAGUUCCCACAAUCAAAACUGAGGAGAUUUUAGUAGAGUAAUUUUUACUAGAGUAAUCGUAGGGUUUAUUUUUUAAAUAUCUAUGUGAUAUAUUUUAACAUGGUGUUUUUUUUUUUCCUUUAAUAAGUUGAGUACUGUACAUAGCAACACAUCAUGAGAUGCAUUAGGAGGGCAUCCCAGUGUUCUUGUCAAAAAAAAAAAACAAAAAAGACAAAAGCAAAACCAGGUUGCAUUAACAAGGCUCAUGUUUUUGCUGAAUGGUAAAUAAAAUCGUAAUCGUAGGCAAAAAAGAGCAGUUAAACCUUUGGUGAGCCAUUUUUAUAUAAUGCUGCCCAGACUUUCACUUUGGCAGUUCUGCCAAGCAGGUAUUUUAAAGAUCUGAGAAAAUUCACUGAAAUGGACAGCAGAAACGUGCGUGAGCUGCUUGGGGCCCCAGAGAUUGCUGGAACAACAGCUGCAUCCCUUAAGGAAAUACAAAUUUGAAAAUGAAAAGCCGUCUGCUGCUGCUUUUUUUU